GCGAAAUUGAAUCAGAUUUCAAUCAGAUUCCUUGCUUCAUGUUCGUAUCUUCAGUAGCAGCUUCGAAAACGCUAUCGGUAGUGUUUGUUUUCAUCAUAGGUUUGAGUCUUUGAUUCACUCAGAUUGUGAGUUGUUGUUUUAGGGAUUCAUGAAUUCUAAGCUAGGGUUUCUGAUUUUUGCUAAUUGUUCAAACUCAUUAAUUGUUUUUCAUUUUUUUUCCUCUGAUGUGGGUUACUUCUGGAAUGCUCAAAAUUGAUGUUUUGGUACAGUACUUGCUGGACUUGCCUUCAUGUUUUCAUCGAGUAUCCUCCUUCAGAUCCUGGCGUGUGCGAUAUAUGGUAACUGGUGGCCAAUGCUGUCAGCACUCAUGUAUGUAGUUGUGCCUAUGCCAUGUAUGUUCUUUGGAGGAGGCUCAACACAGUUCCUAAUUAGCCGAGAUGGUGGAGGGUGGAUAGAUGCAGCAAAGUUCUUGACAGGAGCAUCAACCGUGGGAAGCCUGGCGAUUCCAAUUAUUUUAAGGCAUGCGGGAAUGAUCGAGACGGGUGCAAUGCUGAUAGAAUUCACGUCGUUCUUCAUAUUCAUAUGCACCGUCAUGUGUUUUCACAGGGCUAGCCUUGAUGAUGAUUGGUAACAGAUAAGUUGUUUGUGAUAAUACUAAUUGGACUCGCAUGAAAAAAGAAAAAAAGAGAGGAGAGAGUUGAAUGUGAUGUGUUUUCUCCAUCUUUUGUAAAUCUUUGUAUCAACCAGUGUCUGUGUAAAAAUCUAUUCAUCAUAGUGAAUUUGAUGCUUUGUAUUUUUUAUAAGUUUUUUCUUUUGAAACAAGUAACAAAGACGUAACUUUGUC